UCUAUGUUCUAGUAGUCUGGAACAUCCUUGGCAGGCAGGCACCGACGACGGCGAUUAUGGAGGCAUCGAUGGCCACCGGUCCUGCCACAACUGCGCCUGUUAAUAGCGAGGGCAUAUUAAUAGGCGAUAAAGUUUAUUCCGAAGUCUUCCUCACUAUAGAUAAUUCGUUAAUACCAGAAGAAAAGCUCUCCCCGACCCCGUCCAUGCAGGAUGGCCUAGACCUGCAAACCGAAACCGACCUCCGGAUUCUGGGGUGCGAGCUUAUCCAGUCUGCCGGGAUCCUGCUACGCCUACCGCAGGUUGCCAUGGCGACCGGGCAAGUGCUUUUUCAUCGCUUCUUCUACUCGAAGUCCUUCGUGAAACACAGUUUUGAGAUUGUUGCCAUGGCCUGUGUUAAUCUGGCCUCAAAGAUUGAAGAAGCCCCUCGGCGAAUACGAGACGUCAUCAACGUCUUUCAUCAUUUAAGGCAGCUCCGAGGCAAAAGGAGUCCAAGCCCAUUGAUUCUUGAUCAGAACUACAUAAACACCAAAAACCAGGUGAUAAAAGCUGAACGGCGCGUGCUGAAGGAGCUUGGCUUCUGCGUACACGUCAAACAUCCACACAAGAUUAUAGUCAUGUACCUGCAAGUGCUUGAAUGUGAGAAGAACCAGACGCUGGUCCAGACAGCCUGGGACUACAUGAACGACAGCCUUCGUACGAACGUGUUUGUAAGAUUUCAAGCUGAGACCAUCGCCUGUGCCUGCAUUUACCUCGCUGCACGAGUGCUACAGAUAUCGUUACCAACAAGGCCGCUCUGGUAUCUGGUGUUUGGUGCUACUGAAGAGGAGCUCAAAGAAAUCUGUAUAACCACUCUGAAACUUUACACCAGAAAGAAGCCAAAUUAUGAAUUGCUGGAGAAGGAGGUGGACAAGCGGAAGGUGGCACUGCAGGAAGCCAAGCUGAAGGCCAAAGGCCUGAAUCCUGAUUGCACUCCUGCUCUCUUGAUUGGUGGAUUCUCUCCUGGAUCCAAACCAUGUUCACCGAAUAUAACGAAAGCAGAUGAGAAAUCUCCAAACUCUCAGACUCUCAAGGCAAUAAAAAAGGAAUCAGAAGAUCGGCUUCAGGGCUCCAAGAGCCCACACAAUGGACUCAGGAAGGACGGUAAGUUGGUCCGGAACAGUAGGAGCGGAAGUCGAUCUCAUUCCAGGUCCAGGUCACGCUCUCCCAGAAGACAUUACAACAACAGACGCAGCCACUCGGCCACCUACAGUUCUCGCUCCCGAAGCCGCUCUCACAGCCGCAGCCCGUCUCCACGACGACACGCCAACCACGGCCCUCCAUCUCCGCUACUGCCACACUUGAAGUCAAAGCAGCGCUCGGACGACCUGCACACGCACAGUAGGCACAGCCACAAGAGGAAGCGCUCACGCAGCCGCUCUCGCUCCGUCAGCAAACCCCGUGAGCGUGACAGAGAGAGGGAAAGAGAGAGGGAGCGAGACAGAGGCUCGUCUGAGCUGUCGAAGAAGCACAAACACGAUCGCAGCGGGCAUCACAGAGAGCGACGAGAACGCUCACGAUCGUAUGAAAGAUCUCAUAAAAGCAAACACCACAGCAGCAGCCAUUCGAGCCACAGUCGUCACAGACGCUGAGCACGCUUUCCUCUGUUGGGUCAUUUCUGUGAGACUGCCGAUGCGUUUGUCUGAGUUGAGCGGUUGCUGCUUGUCUGUUUGACUUUUUUGAUUUCUCAUGUGUUUUUGCAGUUUUAGUUUUAAAUGUUAAGAGGUUAUGAAACUACAUAUUUACAGUGUAAAGAUGGGUUAAAUACUGAUGUAAUAUGGGACAUGCUUUGAUUUAUAAAAGCAACCUUUUUUAAAAGGUGGGAAAAUCACUAGUUACAAAAAAUGGAACAUUCUUCAGGAAGGACAACACUUUGCACAUCUAUAAGAAUAAUUGAGAUGGUCUACUAUUGAACGAAAAUGGUAUUUUCUUUUUUUUUACAGUUGGAUGCAGACUAUUUUGAUCAUGGUGAUUCUGUUCACUGUUUUUUAGUCUGCACGUCUUCACAUCUGAUUUUUACUCAAUAAAAGUAAUAAAAGUGA